AUGGCUACCCAGUCAGAAUCCCAAAUCAAACACCAUCCAGACCACUGGUCCUUUACCUCCAAUUAUCACCAUCAUGUCGAACGUACCGUGCACCCUGUCAUCGUGGAGCUUAUCAAAUGGGCAACGCAGACCUCGCCUCCAGAUUCCUCUUCUGCUGUCCUUGAUGACGGCUGUGGCCUCGGCACUGUGACCGCUGAAGUCAAGAAAUCUUUUCCAGACCUUUCCGUCCUGGCAAUCGACUCGGCCGCGGGGAUGCUCGAAGCUGUCAAUCGUAAGACGGAGAAGCACGAUUGGAAGAAUGUGACGACAAGACUCCUGGAUGGCGGCAAUCUACACAGCGUCUCCUCCAACACCAUCACCCACGCUUUCGCCUGUACAUACAUCGACCUGGCCCACAACGCUACUGCGUGCAUCAAAGAACUCCACCGCGUCAUCGCUCCCGGCGGCAUCCUCGGUAUGAACACUUGGGCCGACCCUAUCCACCCGAGCAUCGCGACCCCGUGGACCAAAGCCUGCCAGCAAGUGUACCCGGAAUUCAAAGCGCCCUUGGUCACAAGCCCGAAAUGGUCGACAGCUGACCAGAUCAAGCACAAUCUCGAAAAGGCGGGGUUCAAGGACGUGCAGACGAAGCAGGUCAUCACCCAUUGGAGAUGGGCGAGUCCGGAAGAGAUGACGGAGUGGUUCUUCAAUGGGGGAAAUCCCGUUUGUGGGAGGUGGCAUGAGGCACUGGUGGAAGAGGUCGGAGGCAAGCUGGAGGGUAUGAGGGAGCGGUUCCACGAAGAGUUGGUCAAGGAGUACAGAGAAGUAGGUGGGCAGCUGCUGAACGAGGAGGUGGUGAACCUGACCAUUGCAAGAAAGUAG